AUGGAUGGGCAUUGGUUUUUGAAUUUCCCUACUAGUACUAUGAAAUCAAAGCUCCUAAGUUGCUCUCUUUUCCUCUUUUGCAUUCUUUGUAAGCUGGAUCAUGUUGAAUCCAGGACAUCAAGGAAUGUGACUGAAUUACAAGCAUUGCUGGCCAUCAAGGCUCGAAUACCGGUUGAUCCUUAUGGGGUCUUUACCUCCUGGAAUGAUUCUCUACAUUUCUGCAACUGGCAAGGAGUAACGUGCGAUCGACAACACCGGAGAGUGACUGCCCUGCGUCUAUCAUCACUCAAGUUGGCAGGUGACCUUUCUCCUCACAUAGCCAACCUCACCUUCCUUAGGGUGAUCGAUCUCGGGAACAAUAGCUUCGAUGGCCUGAUCCCCCAAGAAGUUAUUCGAUUGCGUCGUCUAGAGGAAUUGAUUCUGAUAAACAACUCCUUCCAAGGUGAACUUCCAAGAAACCUUAGUCGUUGUUCGAACCUAAAAGUCAUCAACUUAAUGGGAAAUGCGCUCGGAGGGGAAAUACAUGCCGAACUCGGUUCUUUGUCUAGGCUCCAAAGUCUUCUACUACCCAUUAACAACUUCACAGGAACAAUUCCCCCUUCAUUAGGGAACAUCUCUUCUCUCCUUCAUUUUUCCCUGUCAUGGAACCACCUCGAAGGAAACAUUCCUACCGAGCUCGGGCAACUCUCAAACUUGAAAUUUCUUCAGUUGUCUUUCAACAAGCUCUCUGGUUCAGUUCCUAAGCAGCUGUAUAACAUCUCAUCCAUUUAUUUCUUUGCUUUAGCUGGUAACCAGUUACAAGGCCAGAUCCCUCCUUACAUAGGUUUGACCCUUCCUAAUCUUGAGGGCCUUUAUCUUGGGGUAAACAAGUUUUCAGGACCAAUUCCGACCUCAAUAGUCAAUUCCUCAAGGCUCGUACAACUUGAUAUGGGUUUGAAUUCUUUGUCAGGACCAAUACCAAAGAAUUUGGGAAGCCUUCAAAAUCUAGAAAACAUCAACUUAGGUGGCAACUUCCUUGAGAGUUCCAAUGAUUUAAGUUUUCUCACUUCAUUGACUAAUUGCACCAAUCUGAGUCAAUUAUGGUUAUCCCAAAACAACCUCACAGGUGUUUUGCCAGAUUCAAUUGGAAAUCUCUCUGCAAAGCUCAAUCAAUUACAUAUUGGAACCAACUACAUAUCAGGUUCCAUACCGAAAGAGAUAGAAAACCUUGUAGGCUUGGAGGUCCUUACAUUCCAUGAAAAUAUGCUCACAGGCAGUAUCCCUGAAUCUAUUGGAAAAUUUUCCAAGUUGAAAUAUUUCUAUGCUUUCACAAACAAUAUCAUAGGGGAAAUUUCUCAUUCUUUGGGAAAUAUAACCGAACUAAUUGUUCUCAACCUAUUUGAUAAUUUGCUAGAAGGAGGCAUACCUGCAUCUUUAGGUAACUGCUUUCGAUUGGAAGUAUUGGUUCUUUCGCAGAAUCGUCUAAAUGGCACAAUACCAAAGGACGCUAUAGGUCUCUGUUCCUUCCUAACAGACCUUUCCAUUCGUUCAAAUAGUUUAACGGGAACUUUACCACCAGAAGUUGGAAACUGCAAAAAUCUCAACUUUUUGGAUGUAUCAAACAACAAACUUCAUGGGGAAAUUCCAAGCUCUCUUGAAAACUGUGUGAUGCUUGAAUCACUUUACCUGCAGGGGAACUCUUUUGAUGCUGAACUUCCCUUUUUCACCAAUCUCAACUUGUCCUUCAAUAGCUUUGAAGGGAACUUGCCGACAAAAGGAGUGUUCAACAACAUCAGUGCAUUCUCGGUUCUUGGUAACAACGAGUUAUGCGGAGGGAUUAAGCCUCUUUUAUUGCCUGCUUGCCCAGCAGAAAUUGCAAAGAAAGGGAACAACUUUCCACAUAGAGCAAUAAUUGCGACCGUCAUUGUCCUCUUCGUUGUUUUGUUCUUGAUAUGUCUCUUUGCAAUCAAACGACGGUUCUCUUCAGCCAACUUAAUUGGUAAGGGAAGAUAUGGUUCAGUUUAUAAAGGGAUUCUAAGUUCCGAUAAUCAAAUGCUGGUUGCUGUGAAAGUACUUAAUCUUCAACAGAUGGGUGCCGACCGGACUUUCAAGGCUGAAUGUGAAGCCCUUAGGCAUCUUAGGCAUCGCAACCUCGUCAAGGUCAUUACUUCUUGCACAAGCAUUGAUUUUCAAGGUAACGACUUCAAAGCCUUGGUGUUCAAGCUCAUGCCAAAUGGGAGCUUAGAAACUUGGUUACAUCCAAGUUCAACCGAGGCACAUAAUUCACCAAGCUUAAAUCUAAUUCAGAGGCUCAACAUUUCCAUUGAUGUAGCCUCUGCAUUAGAUUAUCUUCAUUCCCAAUUUGACAGGCCGGUCGUCCAUUGUGAUCUAAAGCCGAGCAAUAUUCUUCUCGAUGCUGACCUUACAGCCCACAUCAGUGAUUUUGGCCUGACAAGGUUUCUUUCCGAGACAACCGAGCAAUCCAUUUCCGAGCAAAGCAGUUCGGUGGGAAUAAGAGGAACUAUGGGAUAUAUUCCUCCAGAAUAUGGAAUGAGUAAGAAAAUAUCCACACAUGGCGACUUGUACAGCUAUGGCAUCAUUUUAAUUGAGUUGUUUACAGGCAAAAGACCCACCGAUAUGUUUACAGGAGAGUUAAGCCUACGUGAGUACGUAAAGACGGCCAUGCCUAAUCAUAUCGCAGAGAUAAUCGAUACUAGGCUCAAUUUUGAGGAUGAAACAGCCUUGAAACAAAAUGGGAAAACCAGUAGAGGCAUCGGCAUCAUCGUGAAAUGCUUGGACUCGGUACUUAGUAUAGGAGUAUCCUGCUCGGAUGAUUCACCGAGUGAACGAAUGAAUAUCAAAGAUGUGUUGAGAGAGCUCCAGAAGGCUAGAAAUAUGCUACUUGGAGAUCACAAGGGAUGA